AGUUACAAACAAAAACAUGGCAAAAACAAAACCAAUAUCUCUAACCUUUUUUCUUCUAAGUGUUUUCUUUUCUGCAACAUUUGCAGCACCAACACCAUCACAAUCCUUGUACACGUCUUUCCUUCAAUGUCUCAAACAAAACAACACUGAUCCAACAAUCUCUAACAUUGUUUUCCCCCAAACAAACCCUUCAUUUUCCACUGUCCUUCAAAAUUACAUCAGAAACGCACGUUUCAACACAUCCUCAACUCCAAAACCAUUAAUCAUAGUUACUCCAAAAAACCCAUCACAGGUUCAAUCUACUGUUAUCUGUGCCAAAAAUGUCAAGAUUCAGAUCAAAAUCAGAAGUGGUGGACAUGAUUAUGAAGGUAUUUCUUAUGUAAAUCACUCACCCUUUAUCAUCCUUGAUAUGUUUAAUCUAAGAACAAUCAAUGUUGAUAUAAAAAAUGAAGUUGCUUAUAUUCAAGCCGGUUCGACACUUGGUGAAGUUUAUUAUAGAAUUUAUGAAAAGAGUAAAGUUCAUGGUUUUCCUGCUGGUGUGUGUCCAACUGUUGGUGUUGGUGGUCACAUCAGUGGUGGAGGGUAUGGUACAAUGUUGCGAAAAUUCGGUCUUUCUGUUGAUAAUGUUAUUGAUGCCGAAAUUGUUGAUGUUAAAGGUAGGCUUUUGAAUAGGAAAUCAAUGGGAGAAGAUCUUUUUUGGGCUAUACGAGGUGGUGGGGGUGCUAGUUUUGGUGUUGUUUUAUCGUACACUAUUAAAUUAGUACCGGUUCCUGCAACCGUUACUGUUUUUCGUAUUGAGAAAACCUUGGAUGAGGGUGCUACUGAUCUUGUUGUCCAAUGGCAACAAGUUGCUCCGACUACCGAUGAUAGGAUUUUUAUGAGGCUUCUUUUACAGCCUAUAACUUCUAAGGUUGCUAAAGGAACAAAAACUAUUAGGGCUUCUGUUGUUGCUAUGUUCCUUGGCGGGGCCGAUGAAGUUGUCGAGAUUUUGGGGAAAGAAUUUCCACUUUUGGGAUUGAAGAAACAAGAUUGUAUUGAAUUAAGUUGGAUUAAUGCUGUUAUUUGGUAUAAUGAUGCUGAUGCUUUCACUAGUGGCGCAAAACCGGAGAGUCUUUUGGAUAGGAAUGUUAAUUCAGCGAGUCCCGGUAAGAGAAAAUCUGAUUAUGUGCAAAAACCUAUUUCAAAAGAAGCUUUAGAAUUGAUAUGGAAGAAGAUGAUCGAGUUAGGGAAAGUUGGAUUUGUUUUUAACCCUUAUGGCGGAAAAAUGGCUAAGAUUCCGGCCGAUGCAACUCCCUUUCCUCACCGUACCGAUUUGUUCAAAGUUCAAUUUUCAGUGAAUUGGAAAGAUCCAUCACCUAAUGCAACAUUAGGUUUUUUGGAACAAGCUAAGACACUUUAUAGUUUCAUGACACCUUAUGUGUCAAAGAAUCCAAGAAGUGCUUAUAUAAAUUAUAGAGAUCUUGAUAUUGGGAUUAAUAGUUUUGGUAAGAAUAGUUAUCAAGAAGGUCAAGUUUAUGGUGCUAAAUACUUCAAUAAUAAUUUUGAUAGGUUGGUUAAGAUUAAGACUGCAGUUGAUCCAGACAACUUUUUCAGGAAUGAACAAAGUAUUCCUGUUCACCCUUGAAAUGUAUUUUUGAGAAUCAAAUAAGAUUUGGA